AUGCCAAAAGAGCAGUACAUGUGUCAGUUAUGUGCCAAUCAUGGCAUAUUUAAUCAGCCGAAAAAAGGACACAAGCAAAACUGUCCACAUCGACACUGUCCAUGUAAUUUGUGCGCUUUGAAUACGAAACGACGAGCAUUGGACCAAAUUGAACGACAGUUAAAAAAUGGUGUAACGGCUCCGUGUCCACAAAAAUCGCCAACACCAAUGGAGAAAUCACAGAUCAACGAGGUGCACGUGUUACCGCUAUUUUCCGGGACAUCACAACAACUUCCGGAAAACGACAACACUGCAAAUAGUAAAAAAUAA